CUGGGGCAGGAGUGCAAGAGUGGAGGCCCAGAGUUGGAGAGCUCAGUUGCUUAUGUUGUUAAGCAAUGGAAGAAGGUAAAGGAAAACAGUACAAUGGCAGAUGAAGAGGAACAAGUCGAAGUCCUUGAACAACAACAACAACAACAGCCACGUCCAGCACUGUCAAAGAAUGCACAGAAGAAACUGUUAAAGCAACAAAGAUACACAGCCAAAAAGGCAGAGAAAAAGGCAUUACUGAAAGAGCAGAAGAGGAUACAAGGUGAACGCAAGCGUAAAGAAUGGGAAGAGAAGCUAGCCGGAUCAACCGAAGAGGAGAAGCAACAUUUGAUUGAAUCAAGAAAGUGUUUAAGGAAAGAGAGAAUGGAUCAACGCUCUGAGGAGAAAGGGAAGAAGAUGCAGAGACUCAAUAAUGCUAAACAAAAUGGACAAAAUGUAGUUAUUGAUCUCGAAUUUGAUCGCCUCAUGAAUUCCAGUGAGCUCCACAGCCUCGUUCAACAGAUCAUGUACUGUUAUGCAGUGAAUGGAAGAUGCAGUUGUCCAGCUCACCUUUGGUUGACUGGCUGUCAAGGAGAAAUGCAAGAUCAGUUGCAGAGGCUACCAGGAUUUGACAAGUGGAUAAUUGAGAAAGAGAAUCGCCCAUAUAUUGAGGCAUUCCAAGAUCAGAAAGAACGUCUUGUAUAUCUCACUGCAGAUUCAGAAACAACGCUAGACGUCCUAGAUCCAAAGCAUAUAUAUAUCAUUGGUGGGUUGGUGGAUAGGAAUCGGUGGAAAGGGCUAACCAUGAAAAAAGCAGAAGACCAAGGGAUUCAAACAGCAAAACUCCCAAUCGGAACUUACCUAAAGAUGUCCAGUUCCCAGGUCCUUACGGUCAAUCAAGUGGUAGAGAUACUUCUGAAAUACUUGGAAACCGGAGACUGGAAAACGUCAUUCUUUGAAGUGAUUCCACAAAGGAAAAGAUGCGAGGGUGAUAAUGAUAUUGAACAGGAAGAAGAGACGGAAGGGAAAGAUGAUCACGAGAUCAAAACACAUGAUAUUGAACGGUUAGAAGAGACAAAAGAGAAAGAUGAUCAUGAGUUUAAGAGACGGUGAAUUUAUCAUGGCUAGACAGCAAUUGAAGUGAAGUUUGCCUUGUUGAGAGCGUACUUGGCUUUAGUUUUCUUUCUGCACUAUAUGACUAUUUCUUCCUUGUGUUGUCCCUCAUCUUUUCGGGUACAUAAGCAUGCUGGAAAGGACAAUUUCUUGAGAUGGCAAACAGAUACGUUGUCCCUUUUUUCCAAUAGAUUCGACCAAAAUAGCCUGUCCUAGCUAGUUCUUCCUAGUUCCUACUAACAUUUGCUCUGUGUAAUCCAUUACAACAAAUUGAUUAAGGUUAGGAAUGAGGGGUAGUUUGGCUUGUUGCA